AAGGUUGAUGGAUCUUCAUCUGAAUUUGAUCGGGAAUUUAGAAGAGGUGGAGAAAGAUGAUACAUGCGGUGAUGGUGAUUAAUACUCAGGGCAAGCCUCGGCUUGCUAAGUUCUACGAAUUUCAGCCUGUAGAGAAGCAACAGGAGCUCAUACGCAGCGUUUAUGGAGUUUUGAGCAGUAGAGCUGAGAAUGUGAGCAAUUUUCUGGAUGUGGAGUCUAUUUUUGGUCCGGAUACUCGGCUUGUGUACAACCAUUUUGCGACUUUGUACUUUGUCUUUGUUUUUGAUAGCUCUGAAAAUGAGCUUGCCAUGCUCGACUUGAUACAAGUUUUUGUGGAAACAUUGGAUAAAUGCUUCAAGAACGUUUGCGAGGUUGAUGUGGUGUUCAAUUACAGCAAGUUGCAUACUAUAUUGGAUGAGAUUAUCUUUGGAGGUCAAGUGCUCGAAACAAGUUCCACCGAAGUUCUGAAGGCGGUUGAAGAAAUCUCAAAAUUGGAAACAGCUUCAAACACUAUUUCAUUGGUUCCAAAAUCUGUUUCUAGCUGGAGGAGUCGAUAGUAUACACAGUUGGAGCAAUGUGUCUUGGGUGAAUCUUUGCCGAUUACCAAUCAGGCAAGAAGCGAAAUUGACGGUUUAGAUGUUGUGUCAGACGAUUACCCCAUUUCUGGGAAUGCAUUUACAGUAUCUUCCGAUGGUAUUUUUUGUUUCAUAGAAAUUAUUGAAUAUGUUAUUUGGUUGUCAUGUAAAGUUUAAAGUUUGAAGGAUGAAGGACAUAACAUGAUAAAGAGUAUUGAGCUAAAA